UGAAAAAUGAACCACAGACCACGAAUCCGGAGAACAGAACAACAAAAUCAAAACAAAAACUUAUUUAACUUGAAAGCAUUAAUAGGUCUAAUAAUCGCUUGAACAUAUUUAAAUUAAAUUAGACUACUGCAGUGCAAUAUUAUGUGAAAGUGUACUGUGAAGAUAAAAAACAAAAUGGCUAAUGUGAAUGCAAAUAAAAACAAGGGCCCCAUUAUAAACCCAGCGCUGUGUCGUUGCUGCCACUCCAUAAAGAAAUGUCGCCUCCUCACCGCAGAAUAUGAGUUCAAUGGCUCCAAGGAGGUGUAUUGUGAUAUGUUUAUGGAUGUAUUUGGUCUACUUCUACCACAUCUAGACGGCGACAGCAUGGAGUGCUGCAUAUGCGCCACCUGCGUGUCCCGGCUGCGCGAGGCCAGUGACUUCAGGAAGCAAGUGCUGCAGUCUGAGCAGCUAUUUUUAGAUUCACGCCUCAAGGAAAAUGACAAGAACGUAACGCUGGAAAUUAAACUAGAACCAACCUGCGACUCUGACACAAGGGAUGGAGUUAGCGACUCAGUACACCAUAGUGACGAUUCAGAAGCAGACACAAAAAUGGAUAAGGAUGCACAGAUUAUGAAUGUGACGAGUACUGUGACCAAGAAGUCAUUGAAGAGAACCAGGAAUGGACACAAGUUGUUAGAUCAGAUGAGCGCAGCUGGGAAGAUCCAGAGGCUGCACAGAAAAAUGGAGAAGUUAUUGAAUCCAGAGCCACCAGAGAAACCGCAAACGAAAAAGCAUGCUGAGCCGAUGGACCAAAACCGCAUGGCGCUCAUCAAUACCGUUUUAAUAGUUACCUACUCAUACGCCUGUCCGUUCCUCAAUCGGAUAAGCUUCUACUACUGCUUCUAUUGUAAAGACCAGUUCACGAGCCCCACAGAACUGAGAGACCACACACUGUCCCACGAUCCGAAACUAUUCGAAAACACAAUAGAACACAACAAGAUACCGAUAGUUGACAUCACUAGAAUCGAUUGUCGGCUGUGCUCAGAGAAAAUAGACGAUAUUGAGACGUUCAAAACCCACAUAACCUCCAAACACCAGAAAGUCCUGUACCCUGUGGCCAACGAGUUUUUGAAAUUCAAACUGACACCGAACAACCUAACCUGCACCGAGUGCGAUGCGGUAUUCCCGUUUUUCGACUCCCUAAAGAAACAUAUGGUAGAACACUUCGGCACGCACACGUGCGACGAAUGCGGCGCGAGGUUCAUAGAAGUUUCAUUACUACGUUCGCACAUAAAGAAGAAACACAACAAAGUGGACGCGAACUACCCCUGCGAGAUAUGCGGGAAGAAUCUGAAGUCCAAGUACAGCAUGGGGCUGCACGUCGCGACGGUACACGAGAAGAAACCCACGGUCAACUGCUACAAAUGCGACGCGGCGUUCCUCUCGUACGCGUUGCGCAACCGCCACCUGAUCGAGGCGCACGGCGACCAGCGCACGUUCCCUUGCAAGCUGUGCGACAAGGUGUACAACCGCCGGAAAACCUUGAUAGAGCACCAUCGGCGGAAUCAUUUGAAGGUCUUCAACCAUCAGUGCGAGCUGUGCGCUCAGACAUUCUACUUGCCGUCCAGUUUACAAGAACAUAUGGCCGUUCACACUGGAGAAAGGAACUUUAAAUGCGAACAUUGUGACAAAAGCUAUCCGGGCCUGAAAUCUCUGCAGUGUCAUAUGCGUUCACACAAGCGAUAGUGGGUGUCAUGAUUAUGUGAAUAGGCUUUCAUACGUACGUUUUAGACUACCCCGAGGGUAUCGUUAAGUCGAAAGAAAGGAAAACGUUUAUUAGGGUUCCGUAACUCAAAAGGAAAAACGGAACCCUAUUAGGAUCACUUUGUUGUCAGUCUGUCCGUCCGUCUGUCGUGUCUGUCAAGAAACCUAUAUGGUACUCC